UUUUUAGUCGCUCAGUGUGAUCAGGCCUAUUGUUAGUAACUCUUGGAGACGGUUGCCUGGGACGGUGCAGGAAGAGAAGACUCAGAGAGGAGGAAGAAGCAAUUGCAACAUGGCGGAGGCAGAAAUUGUGGAGGGAUGCAGACUUCCUGUGCUACGCAAAAACCAGGACAACGAAGUAGAAUGGCCACUAGCAGAAAUCCUGAGCGUCAAGGACCUGACUGGGAAGAAGCUCUUCUACGUUCAUUAUAUAGAUUUCAAUAAAAGGUUAGAUGAGUGGGUCACACAUGACCGUUUGGAUCUAAAGAAGAUACAGUUUCCAAAGAAAGAAGCAAAAACCCCAACUAAGAAUGGGUUGUCUGGAUCACGACCAAACUCACCUGAACGAGAGGUGGUAAGAGACCUAACAGAGCCAAUACAGAGGAAGAUUCCUGAACUGAUCCUUCCUCCGGUGGCUGCCCCUGCAGGAGGAGGAAAAUCUCUUCCUGUGCCGAAAAGGAAGGUGGAAGUGGUGUCGCCAGCGACUCCUGUGCCCCCAGCCCCUGAGACCACCCAGGCUUCUGUCUUUCCACAGGAAGUCUGUGGAGGAGGGGACUUCAUGGAUCACAAGCUCCCUAAUGGAGCGGCCCGCAGGCCAAGUGCCCCAGCUGUCCCAACUGGAAGGAAAAGAAAGUCUAACUGCCUGAGUGCAGAUGAGGACUCCCAGGACAGCUCAGAUGGAAUCCCAUCUGCCCCUCGUAUGACGGGAAGCUUGGUGUCUGACAGAAGCCAUGAUGAUAUUAUCACUCGCAUGAAGAACAUUGAGUGCAUUGAGCUUGGGCGUCAUCGCCUCAAACCGUGGUACUUCUCUCCAUAUCCACAGGAGCUGACUGUGCUGCCUGUCCUUUACCUUUGCGAAUUCUGCCUCAAGUACUUAAAAAGCCUCAAAUGUCUACAGAGACACUUGACCAAAUGUAACCUAAGGCAUCCUCCGGGAAAUGAAAUCUACAGGAAAGGAACAAUCUCCUUCUUUGAAAUAGAUGGACGAAAAAAUAAGAGUUACUCACAGAAUCUGUGCCUUUUGGCCAAAUGUUUCUUGGAUCACAAGACGCUGUAUUAUGACACAGAUCCGUUCCUCUUCUACAUCAUGACUGAAUAUGACUCGAAGGGCUUUCAUAUUGUCGGCUACUUUUCCAAGGAAAAGGAGUCCACAGAGGACUAUAAUGUGGCUUGUAUUCUCACAUUACCACCAUACCAGAGGAGAGGAUAUGGCAAACUACUUAUUGAAUUCAGUUAUGAGCUGUCUAAGGUGGAGGGGAAGACUGGAACUCCUGAAAAGCCUCUAUCCGAUCUGGGACUUCUUUCUUACCGCAGUUAUUGGUCCCAGACAAUAUUAGAGAUCCUUAUGGAGCUAAAGACAGAAACCGGGGAAAGGCCACAGAUUACAAUAAAUGAAAUCAGCGAACUGACCAGCAUAAAGAAGGAAGAUGUCAUCUCUACAUUACAGUACUUGAACCUCAUCAAUUACUAUAAGGGCCAGUACAUCUUAACACUCUCAGAAGAUAUUGUGGAUGGUCACGAGAGAGCCAUGCUGAAGAGGAUUCUCAGAAUAGAUUCCAAAUGUCUGCACUUUACACCCAAGGAUUGGAGCAAAAGGGGAAAGUGGUAGGGAAGAAUGACUUUAACUAACCAAGAAGCCGUGGAACAGGAAUGUGAAGAUCUACCCAAGAAAGCAAAUAAUUAGGACUCAUUUGCAUCGGAACAGUCUAUAACCUUCUAUUAUGUAAAAUGUGACUAUUUUGGAAUAGAUUGUUGAGUUGGGUGUUAAAAUGAAGGGGGGGGCUAUAACCAUCUUCUGCAUUCUGAUUAGUACAGAGCCUCCCACAACGGGAGCCUGGUGAAUGUGAGAAGCUAUAGGAAAGUAAGAACAGAUUUCAUGCUGCCAGCAUCCCGCUAGCUUCUAUAAGCAUUUGACAACAGGGCUUGCGUCUCCCACCAAUACCAUUUGACUUGUUUCACAUCAGCCCUAGUUAUUUAUUCCCUUAAAAAAAAAGUGAAAUAAAAUGUUAAGUGGGAGGAAGAUUAAGGGGAAACAUCUGUGAGUAUGAGGGGUGUGUGUGUGGGGGGGGGGUUAUACAUUUGUGAAGUAGACUGUUACAAUGUACCUGAAAUCUGGUCUCACCCAGAAGGAGGUGGUUAUGACACCAGUGUAAUUAUAUAUAUAUUGUAAAUACAAAUGUUCUUUGUAAUAA